UGUGCGGCUCCCAGAGCGCGACAAUCGGUGAUCAUCAGAGCACUGAUGAUCAGCGUGCCCUGAUUAUCUGUGUAGCCCCAGCAGUGCCACCUGUCAGUGUCCAACAGUGCCAGCUCUCAGUGUUCAUCCAUGCCACCUGCCAGUGCCACAUCAGUGCCACAUUUUAGUGCCCAUCAGUUUCACAUCAAUGCCACCUAUCAGUGCCCAUCUGAGCUGCCUUUCAGUGUCACCCAUCAGUGCCAGUCAGUGCCACCUAUCAAUGCCAGUCAGUGCCACCUAUCAGGGCUGCCAGUCAGUGCUGCCUAUCCAUGCCAGUCAGUGCCACCUAUCAGUGUGCAUCAGUGCUGCCUAUCAGUGCUGCCUAACAGUGCCAGUCAGUGCCACCUAACAAUGCCAGUUAGUGCC